AUGCCAUCAAGAACAACCGAGACUCCGGACGAGUGGUCCAGCUCAGCCGAUAUAAUAUCCCGCUUCUUAGCUCUCCAGCAGAUAUACAGUGCCACAGAACUAGACGCCUAUCUCCAAUCACAACGAUCCAUCGAUACAGAUACGUCUGACUCGGCAACCCAACCAAUUGAUGUGGUUGUUCUGUGCGCAUCGGCGAUCUUGGCUAUUCCAGAAGCGGUGUUUGAGUGGGCAGUUCAAGACCAAGCCCGACCGGAUGCACGACUAAGAAACACAGUCCUCGUGCUGUGUGGUGGGAUUAAACCCGGCACUUCUUUCGUCUACGAUGCGAUCAAGUCCAGCAAGAAAUACAGCCAGGUCUAUGAUGACAUCAAUGGCAAGCCCGAAGGACAGGUUUUGAAAACCAUGGCGGAGCGCUUUUAUAAGCUUGAUAUCAGCAAGUCUGAGCAUCAACACUUGUCUGAAGCCGGGUUCAGGAUCCUGAUUUCUGACCGCUCAACGAACUGCGGAGCAGAUGCAGUGGAGACAAGAAAAGUGUUAGAGGGAAAUGGCAUACACUCUCCGAGAUCCAUUGUUGUGGUGCAAGAUCCCGCCAUGAGCAGUCGGACAGUUUCAUCUUUCAGCAAAGUUUACGAUGAUCAAGAAGCGCAUAUAUCGAGCUGGCCUCGUUUGAAAUCUGGCUCACUGCCCCGACAAGGAAAGGGUCAAGAAAAGAAUAUGCAAAGGGAGCUUUGGUCCAUGGAUCGCUUUCUGGAUCGGAUCAUGGGAGACACGUCACAUGUGCAGUUAAAGAAUAUCAAAGCCAACUCAUCGAUUGUUAUUCCUGGAGAGGUGGAGGAUGCUUGGUCAACCAUAAUGCACAAAGAUAGUUUGAAAUCAUCGGAUUAA